CCGAGAGUAAUGAAAUGAAAUGAUCUCAUUGUUUGAGUCAGUUGAGAUCUUGUAGCGAGAGGAAGCGGUCAAGUUAUCGCUGUAGUCUUGACCAGAGUUGGCCGUAGAUACCUACGUACUUAGCUACUCAUUGGCUAUAAGCUUAUCGCGUUUGUCGGAAGUGGGAGCCCAGUAUCUGGGAUACUGGGGUAAUAUACAUGUACAGUGAACUCAGUUUAGCUGGCAUUCAUUUUUAACGAGUUCCAGUUUUAGGAAGUACAUUGAACCCAGUCAUCAUUAUGGAUAAAUCUGGAAACAGAACUAGCAUUUUAAUUUGUUGUUUAUUCUUAACACUAGCUGCAAUUGUGUGUGGAGAUGAUGAUGUGACUGUACUGACUGUAGCCACUGAAGAUAAUCAUGGUCUGCAACGCUUUUUAAGAUCUGCUAAAGUAUAUGACAUUGAUGUACAAAUUCUGGGCAAGGGGGAUGAAUGGAAAGGAGGAGAUAUGUCUUAUGCUGGUGGUGGUCAUAAGGUUAAUUUACUCAAACAGAGACUGAACGAAAUGAUGAAGUCUGAAAACAAAGAAAAAAUUGUCUUAUUUGUGGACAGUUAUGAUGUACUAUUCCUGGCGAAUUUAGACAAAAUAGUCGAAGCAUUCAAAAAGUUUCCUGAUACUCGAGUACUGUUCUCUGCCGAAGUAUACUGCUGGCCGGACACCACAUUGUCUACCCGGUACCCGGACACAAAAGUUCCUUAUCCAUAUUUAAACUCUGGAGGAUUUAUAGGCUACUUACCCGAACUUACUGAGAUAGUCAAUUUUCAAUCAAUCAAUGAUAAAGAUGAUGAUCAGCUUUACUACACCAAGAUAUAUUUGGAUCAAAAUUUAAGACAUAUACUUAAAAUAUCUUUGGACCACAAUGCGGUUAUAUUCCAGAACCUUAAUGGUGCAACGUGGGAUGUGCAACUCAAAGCAAACUACACAGAACAGUGGCCUUAUAUUGAAAAUGUAGCAACCAAACAGUUGCCUCUAAUUUUGCAUGGGAAUGGACCAUCCAAACUGACCUUAAAUCACUUAGGAAAUUAUUUAGCCAAAGCUUGGUCAGCUGCAAAUGGCUGUAUGCUCUGUAAAGAGAAGAGGAUGUUGCUAAAGGACGAGGAAUUGCCAACAGUCAUGAUGGCUGUAUUUAUUGAAAUACCUACGCCCUUCCUAGAAGAGUUCCUACAACAAUUGCUGAAUCUGGACUACCCAAAAUCUAAGAUUCACUUAGUCCUUAGGAACAACGUGGAAUAUCAUGAGACUGAAGUUGAAGAAUUCUUCGAAAAAAAUGCAAAAAGUUUCGCAACGGCCAAACGUGUUAGGCCUGCUGACUUUAUCGCCGAGUCGGAAGCGCGUAACAUUAUCAAAGACCGUUGUGUCAACAGUGUUUGCGAUUAUCUUUUCGUAAUUGACAGUGUUGCGAGAGUAGAAUCGCUCACAUUACGACAUUUAAUUACAUCUGGUUACGACAUUAUUGCCCCUCUGUUAGUUCGAUCUGGACAGGCAUGGUCCAACUUUUGGGGCAGUAUUAACUCUUCCGGUUACUAUGCCAGAUCUGUUGACUAUAUGGACAUCGUAUAUAACGUCAUUAGAGGGGUGUGGAACGUGCCAUUCAUCACCAAUUGUUACUUGGUGAAAAUGUCAGUAUUAAGGACGCCUGCGGCCAAAGCAGUCACAUAUUCCAAGGAGGGCAUUGACCCGGAUAUGGCCUUUUGCGCCAGCUUAAGAGACCUAGGUCUUUUCAUGCAUGUUAGCAAUGAACUUGAAUUUGGACAUUUAGUAAAUCCUGAGCACUACGACGUUAGCCGCACAAAUCCUGAUGUUUACCAGGUGUCUGACAAUAAGAUCGAAUGGGAAAAAAGAUAUCUUCAUGAAGAAUAUUCAGAAAAUUUCGCUGAGGAUCGUGUCCAUUCAAUGCCCUGCCCGGACGUGUACUGGUUUCCGCUUAUGUCCAAACGAUUCUGCAAAGAGUGGAUCGAAGUGAUGGAGGCUUAUGGCCAAUGGAGUGAUGGGUCUAAUCAAGAUAAACGUUUAGAGGGCGGUUAUGAAGCGGUACCCACACGAGACAUCCACAUGACCCAAGUUGGACUAGAGCGACAAUGGCUACACAUCCUCAAGGAGUACGUGCGACCACUACAGGAAAUGGUUUUCACGGGAUACUAUCAUAAUCCUCCGGUGUCCAUAAUGAACUUCGUCGUGCGGUACAGGCCCGAUGAACAGCCCUUUUUACGACCACAUCAUGAUUCUUCCACGUACACAAUCAACCUUGCCCUCAACACUCCACAUGUAGAUUAUGAAGGUGGCGGGUGCCGGUUCAUACGGUACAACUGUUCGGUGCGAGAUACCAAACGGGGAUGGCUGUUGAUGCAUCCCGGUCGCCUCACGCACUACCACGAGGGAUUAAUAGUAACCAAUGGCACGCGUUACAUUAUGAUUUCAUUCGUCGACCCUUGAGCAUAUUUUUCAACGCAAAUUUUUAGAAUAAUCAUGCCUCAUUGAGUAAUUAGUUAAUUAUAAUAAACAACAAAUGAUGGUAGAAAAGCAAAUGAUGGUUAAAAUAAGAGAUACAAAUAAACAUUUUUUGUAACUUAGCAUGCAUUUAUAUUUUUAAGAUGCAAUUUAUUCAUAUUUUUUUUAAGAUGCUUGAAAUUUUUUACUUAACGUGUUAUAAUUAGAUGCAUAGUUAUAAUGUACCGCUUCCUAAUUAAAAUAAGUGUAACCAAAGAUUUUAUGUACCCUUUUCUGUGCG